AUGCAACGAAGUGUCUGCAACUGCUCCUUCAAUAGCCUCCAAAACAUCUCCUCCAGCCUCGGCCAAGACACGCUCUCCUUUGACAAUAUCCUCCAAAUCGGCUCCGACUUCAUAGGCUAUUUUCAAACAAUCAUCGACUGCGAGAGAUGUGUCACCACAAAGCGCAUGACUAACAUCCUGUCCCAAAUCACCUCUCGGCUUGUCUGCUUCUACGAAGCAGCCUACAUGAACGCUGCUACAGACACGACACACCCGAGGGCGCGUUCGACCAGCGACGCGGGGCUACUGCUAUCACCUCCUCUAUCACAGCAUGGCCAAAUGAGUCCGUUGUCUCCGGCGACGCAGCCGGCGCCGAGCUGUCGGCUGAUGUUUGGCGAGAUGAAGCUGGGGAGGCUUCCGCUUGAGGGGCACGAGGCGAGGAUACUGGCUGAGGUGAUACUGGUAGAUACUUGUCUCGAGCUGAACGAGAAGAUACAAGAGUGGAGGCUUGUCAUGGAUGAGGCGGCUGAGGCUACGGAGGAGCAGUGUGAUGCUACUUCAUUGCAUUGCUUGGAUAGACUGGCCAAGUUGAUUGGGCUAUUGCAGUUGGACGGGCUCCCAGUACAGAGCUGCUGA